AGAGAAAAAAAAAAAAAAAAACGUUGAAAAACAUUUUCUCUGUAUCUCUCACGAGGUUGUAACAAAGUUUUAAUUAUUUCUGUCAAGUAAAUAAAUGCCAAUAGCAGCUAAUAAAUAAUUCAAACAUAUUUUUAAUAAAAUUAAAAAUAAACUAAAGUAUUAAAUGUAUCUUUAAAUAAUAAAUAUUGGCAUAAUAUCAUCAAAUCCGGUCACGAAAGAGAGAGAAGAGAGUGUGUGUGAGAGAGAGAGAGAGGAAAAAAAAAGUUGAUAUUUGUGUGUGUAAAAUAAGUGAGGAAAAAAAAUAUCACAUUUGUUAGAUCGACUUUGAUCAUAAAACCAACACUUGAGAAUGGAAAGUGAUGCAGCAUCAAAAAAUAUUAAUAAUAAGUUAAUUAAAUUUAACCAUAGAAAGUUUAUCAAUUAGGAAUGGUAUCGCCAUCAAAAAUUCAACAAUUAAAGGAUAAAAAAGCCUUGUCAAAAGAUUCAACAAGAGAACGUAAUUCUCAUAUUCGUUUGACAAAAGGUGACAAACCAUUAUUAAAAAAAAGUUUUUAUUUAGAUGUUAAAAAUCAUGGAUUAUCAAACAAGCUAGAAAAUAAAAUUAAAAAUUUUGGUGGGAUUGUUGAGGUAUUUUUAGUUAAAAGUGUAACACUUGUUGUAAGUGAUAGAGUUGAUAAUAAAACUGAACAACAAACAGAUAAACGAAAAUGGGCUUAUACCAGUGGAGGGAGCGGGGGACCUCCCUCACUGAGAAGUAUAGAGCCCCAAACGCCAACAAGAACGCCAACAACACCGUCCUUGGACGGUGAAUGUCCCCUCUCAAAUUCCACCAAUACACGGGGUCAAACUGGCCAGAGAACUAAAUCGCGAGCGGAUGCAAUGUUGGAACGUGCACUGAUACAGCCACAAAAGUGUUCAGUGGAUCCUCUUGAUAACGCAUUAAAUUGGGGUAUACCAAUCUGGACAACAGACAAAUUACAAAAUUGGCUUGAUAAAAUAUAUAUAUCACUAAAAGAAAGUGGUAAUAUUAAUAAGUGUGUUGUUAAUAAUAAUAAUAAAAGUGGUACUGAUAAAGAUUUAAAAGUUAAAGACUUUAAAAAACCAUAUAUUAAAUUUGAAUCAUUUAAAAGAGAAACAAGACCAGUUUUUUUGGAAUUACCUGUAUGGCCGACAAUUAAUUUUGAUGGUGAUUUUGGAAGUUGUCCAUUUGAUAGAAAAAAAAAACAAGAAGAUAAACAAAUUAAAAUUAAUAAAAGUGAUAUAAAAGGUGAAAUGACACGUAGACCACGUGCAACGGCAACAAGAACCCGUAGAUCUGAACAAUUGGUCUCGGGUUAUUGUGAAAUAUGUCGUGUUGAUUACAAGGAUUUAACAAAACAUGUACAAAGUGAUAAACAUCUUGCAUUUGUUAAAAAUAGUGAUAAUUUUUUAUCACUUGAUACAUUAAUUGAAUCUGGUGCAAGUGUUGAAGCAUUUCUUAAACCUUAUAAACCAGAUGAUGGGCAAAAUAUAUUUACAAAUGGUAAUGAUGUUAUUGAUAAAGUUGAAGCAACAACAACACCACCACCAGUUGUUGUUGAUGAUGAGUUAUCAAAUUUUAAUGUUGAUGAAUUAAAAAUGGUACAAUGUAAUGGUGCAAGACGUAGGCUUAAUUUAAAAUUAAGCUCAUCACAUAAUUUACGUACACGUGCCAAGCAUGAAAGUGGACAUUUAUUAAGAUCAAAAGGUAGUCCAUGGCAUGAGAGUGAUAAUAAAAGUGACAAGUUUUUUGAAAAUCUUGAUGGUUAUACUAUUAAAAAACGUUCAAAAGGAACAAUAUGGAUUGAAGAAGAUGACAAUAAAAGUGAUGAUGAUAAUGAAGAUCAAGAACAUGAAGAACAAGAAAAAGAAGAAGUAAAAGAUGAUCAUAAUCAUAUUGAUGAACAACAACAACAAAAUAAUAAAAAAGAAUCAUCAAAAAAUGAAGAUAAAAUUGAUGAAAAAAUACCAUUAACUGAAUUAAAUGAUGAUGUUAGAUUAAAAACAAAAGAAUUACGUUGUAAUAAUCAAAAAAAAUCAUCACCAUCAUUAACAAAAUGGGAAGAACGUAAUAAUAAUAAUAAUAAAGAUAAAGAAAAAAUAAAAAAUCAAUCUGAAAAUGAAUUAAAAAUUAAUGAUAAAUGUAAUACAAGACUUGUUGCUUCAUCAGAUAUUGAUAAUAAAUUAUUGCCAAAAGAAAAAAAAUCAUUAAUAAUAACACAAAAUAGUAAUACAAAAUUAUCAGAAGUUUUAAAAAAAGAUGAUGUUGAUAGCAAUGAUAAUAGUAAAAUAAAUAAAAAUAAAUUUAAUAGACGUUCAAUACGUUCAUCAAGAUCACGUCAAAGAUUAUCAAUUGAAGAACGUUUAUUAAAUGAAAAUCGUUCAUAUUAUAAAGUUGAAGUAUUGGGCAGUAAAUUACGUAGUAAUGCUCAGUGUACAAAUAGUCAAACAAUUAAACUACCAACUGAAAAUAAACAUGUUGAUAAAGAUAUUAAUAAACAACAAGAUGAUAAAGUACAAAAAUUAAAUAAUGAUAAUAAUGAUGCAUCAAGUGAAAAACCAGUUGUCGUACGUUUUAAACGUGUUAGAAAAUCAGAAUUAUCAUUAUUAAGUGAUGAAGCUGAAUCAUUUAUGUUUGGUGAUGCAAGAAGAGAUGAAUCUAGUGGUGAUGAUGCUGAUAAUGAUGAUGAUCAAUCAAGUGUAUUACCAAAAGAAACAUCUAGUGAUUUAACUGAUGAUAAAUCAUCAAGUUCAAUUGUCAUAUCAUCACCAAUAAAACAAGAACCAAUUGAUGAUGAUUCACAUGAUGAUUCAUCAAGUAGAGCUAAAAAAAGAAGAAGAACACAAGCUGAAGUAUUUAUACGUGAAAAUACAGAUUAUUAUAAAUUUGAAACAACUGGUAGUCGUCUUAGAUUUCAAGGACAAAUUGCUGAUAAAAAAUUACGUGAAAAUUUUAAUAAUGAUAAAAAUAAUGAUGUUAAUAUAUCUACCAAAGAAAAAGUUGAUAAUAUUAGUGAUAAUAAUAAAUUAUUAAAUAAUAUUGAUGAUGAUAAUAAUAUUGAAAUAUUAUAUCCAUCAAAACCAUCAGCUAAAAUUGAAAAAAUGAAUUUUUCAUUUGAAAUAAUACCAAAAUCUGAACCAUGGUAUCAAACAUAUCAACGUCAAGAUGAUGGUUCUGAAUAUUGGCAUUAUUUUAGUGAUUGUGAUGAUAGAAAACCAUUUAUGUUACCAUAUGAAAUUGAAAAUUUUCAUGAACAUUUACGUGCUAUUUGUCAAAAAAAUAAUGAAACUAAAAAAAAAAAUAAAUUAAAUGGUUUUGUUAGAUUACCACGUAAAAGUCCACGUUGUCAUGCAUCAACACUUGCAAUAAUGUCAACAUUAAUACGUAAAAGAGAACAACAACAACAGCAGCAACAAGAACAACAAACAUCAACAGCCACCACCACGACGACGGGGUCAACGACAACGACGACAACGUCAAAUCAACAACAGCCAUCAACAAAUAAUAAUUUAAAUUCAAACAAUGAUAUUGAUGUCGACAUGAAAUUCCUAACAAACUCAUUAAAAUUAGAUAAAUCAAGUACAGAUCUGGAACUUUGUCAAAUUGUUAAAAAUAUUGAUGAAAUGUUAAAUGCUGAAAUACCACCAAAUGAUUCAUUCGAACCAGAAACAAUAACAGCAUUAAAUAAUGAUUAUGAAAUAAAUAAUAUAAAAUCAUCUGGUCCACCAGAUAAUUUACUUGAUUUAUUAGAAAAUUGUCAUCAACAUAUUAAUGGUUUUGAAAAUUCAUCAUGUGCUAGUUCUGAAUGUGGUGAAACUAUCACUGAAUCAUCAUCAUCAUCACCAUUAAAACGUCGUAAACGUAGAAAAAAUCGUACUGGUUGGCCUGGUAAUAAAAUACGUAAAAAAUUACAUAUUAUUAAACAAGAAAAAGAAUUAUCACAACCGGAUGUUGAUUCAGAACGUGAAAAUUUACCAACUAAAAAUCAAAAUAAUACUACUAAUAAUAUUAAUGCUGCUGAUGAUGAUGAUGAUGAUGAAGAUUAUAAUCAAUUUUAUAAUGAUGAUCAUAACAAUGAUAAUAAUAUUGAUAAUAAAAUUCAUAAUGGUAAAAUAAUAUGUGAUAAAAUAACAGUUAAUGAUAAUAUUGAUAAAAAAUUAUGUAAAUUAACAAAUGACGUUACGAUAAAUGAUUGUCAAACGUCAAAUAAUUUAAUUGAUAAUAAUCAUGAUAAUUUAUUUAGAAAAGAUAUUACAACUGGAAAAAAAUUAACAAAUAAUAAAUCAACAACAAGUACUACAUCAUCAUCAGCAACAUCAGCAACAUCAUCAUCAGAAACAUCAUCAGCAUCAUCAGAAUCAUCAUCACAAAAAAAUAAUAAAGAUAAUGAUGUUAAACCAUCAUCAUCCUCAUCACCAUCAUCAUCGUCAUUAGAAGAUAAUACCACACAUUCAGAAAGUAAUUUAUUUAGAAAAAAAUCAACAAUAAUAUCACGUAAAAAUUAUACAACAAAUAUCAAAACAAAACAACGUGAAACAACAACAACAACAGCAAAAACAAAUGGUCAUGAUACCUUAUCAUCAUCAGAUAGUACAAGUGAUAAUAAAAAUAAUUCAUCUGAAUUAAAUUAUAAUAAUAAAAAGCAAAUAAUAAAUAAAAAUCGUAAUAAAAAACAACGUAAUAAAAAUAAAAUUGAUUAUGAUAAUGAAAAUUAUGAUAAAAAAGAUACAAUUGAUAAUGAUAUUGAUUGUAAUGAAAGAGUUAAUACACCAACAAGAGAAAUACGUCAAAGACGUUCAAGUAUUGAAUUUCAACCAGUUGUUAGAGUCAUGAAAAUUGAUGAACAAGUUGAUAUUGAUCAUAAUAUACUUUCUGUAACUGUUGCUAGUAAUAGAAGAUUAAGAAGUUCAAGUUCACCAAGAUCACAAGGACCACCUUCGAAACGAUGUAAACGUGAAAGGGGCCCAUUUGGUAGAUGGUCAAAAUACAAUUAAAAUAAUUAAUUUUUUUAAUAAUUAAUUUAUAAAAAAAUCAAUAAUUUAAUAUAUAAAAAUUGGAUAAAUUUA